AUGUCGGAGGGAAAAAGUGCGGAACUAGACCAAGUUCUCAUAACCUGGUUUAAACUUCGUGUAAGUGAAGGUGUGGAAAUUUCUGGUGAUUUAUUAAAGGAACAAGCCAAAGUGUUUCAUGAAGAGCUGGGAUUGCAACACAAGUGUGACUAUACAGAAGGUUGGCUGCAACGUUUCAAGUUGCGACAUGGCUUACAUUUUCGUGCAGUAUGUGGUGAAAAAUGUUCAGCAGACAAGGAUGCAGCUAGUGCCUAUGUGGAUGAAUUUGCAAAGUUAGUUGGUGAUGAACAUUUAAGUCCUGAACAAGUGUACAAUGCUGACGAGACUGCCUUAUUUUGGAGAUGUACGCCAAAAAGAACUCUGACAACUGAGGAUGCAGAACCGCCAUCGGGGUUUAAAGCUUCGAAGGAUCGCGUCACGGUAAUGUGCUGCUCUAAUGCUGCGGGUACCCAUAGAUACAAUUGUUCGGCACAUCCAAAAGCCGAUCUUCUAGUGAAAGAUAAUGUUUUUGUUGCCUACCUCCCACCCAACUGCACAUCACUAAUUCAACCACAGGACAAUGGUAUCAUACGUUCUAUGAAGUGUAAGUAUCGAUCCCUGUUAAUGAGGCGCCUAGUGAGUUCAGUUAAUUCAGGCACCCCAGUACAGAAAUUCAUAAAAGAGUUCAUCAUUAAGGAUGCAGUGUACUGUGUUGCCAAUGCUUGGGCGUCUAUUAAAACAUCAACACUGAAAAAUGGAUGGCAUAAAUUGUGGCCAAGUUUAAUGUUUACUUCUCAUUCUAACGAAGACACAGAAAAAGAUUUUGCAGGGUUUAGGGUUUCCAAAGAAAAGCACCUUAUACAUGAACUUCUUGCUUAUGUUAAAGAUGUAACUAAUCCUGAUGCCAAGGAGCUUUCAUCAAGGAUAAAUGAAGAUGUUUUAACAGAAUGGUUGGAUGUUGAUGAUAAUGUGCCUACAGUUCAUCAUUACACUGAUUCUGAAAUUGUAGAUAUGGUUAAAAGUCUGGAGAGAAAUGACUGUACAGGUAGUGAUGAAGAUGAAAGCAGUGAAGAAAAUGAGGAAGAUGUGAGAGACAGAAUCUCUAUUGACAGGUUAAUUGAGUUGACAACUGAACUGCUGGCUGGACUAGAGCAACGAAGUUUUGUAAGUGAACAAGAAAUCAUGAAUGUUUUCUUACUCCAAGAUAAACUUAUUAGAGAAAGACCCAAGUAUAUGAAGCAACAGACAUUGCCCGAUAUAUUCAAGAAAAUAGCUAGGAAGCAGGAAGAAGCAACAGCGGUGUCCACACUUGAUAAUCCACUGCCAUCAACUUCAAGACAAGUUGAAGCUGUUCCUGUUGCUGAGGAUGUUGUCACUGUCAGUGAUAAAGAUGAUAAUCCUAACAGCCCAUCUGCUGUUUAG